GGGUUAGCAGACGAAUGGUCAAUGCCAAAUGAGCCAUCGGUGGGACGGAGGACGUCACCGAUGGGUGGGUCGACAAACGCGGCGUCGAUGCCGGGUCGAUGUCCUGGGGACUGUGUUCAUGAUGAGGAGGGACCCGCGCUUGCCGAGGGCGGUGAUGCGGCGGUUGCGGGUCGAGUGGAGGUGGACUGGCGGGUGAAUUGUGCGCUCCUCGGGGGUGAGUUUCUUGAGGCGGGAGGGGGGGGGGGAGAUGAGGGGGGUCGAGAGCUGCGAUCUCUGCACUCCAUCCUCGUGAACUGGACGACAUUGAGUUCCUCGAAAGAGAGGGAUGAAGAGUCGAGUGAAUCGGACGAUGCAUCGGGGUCCGGUGUAGUGAACUCGUCUGAGGAGGUGGUGGAGGUGGUGUCCUCGGAGGCAAUGUUGUGGAAGAAGCGAGGGAGGGGAGGGGCCGAUAGGGGAGAUGGAGUGGCCACAGUGGAGGUAGUGGAGGAUGAAGAGGGUGGUGAUGUUGAUGUGGGGGUUGAAGCGGAGGCUGGUCUGGAGGAGGGGGUGGUUUGGGGUGUGGAGGAGGAGGGUGUGGUCGUGGUGACGACCGUGAUGGCGGGGGKGUUUCCCUCAAGCGUGGUGACACGGUCGGAGAUGGCGGCCAUGGUGGUGUUGAUGGUGUCAAGGGAGGAUUGGAGGGCGGUCAACGUUCGGAGGAAAGUUGCGAGUUCUGGGGUGGUGGUGGUCGAAGUUGGCGGAUUGCCUGCGAGUUCGCGGGCAAUGCUGUCGACGGAGUUGGAGCGAAGAUCAAACAUGUUGAUGGAUGAUUGAGGCAUGUUGGGGGAAGAGGGGAUGGAGGUCGCGACCGAAACAGAUAUGGAGGAUGCAGCAGCAGCAAUGGCGGCGGCGGCGGCGCAUUGGGAGUUCUUGGUUUGGCGUGGUGGCAUGUGGGGAUGGGGGACACAAUUUAUUUAUCAAUAAAUUCAAAAUAAGUUUAAUAAGAAUAAUUGUCGAGAUUUCGAAGGGAAUAAGAUUGGGGGGGAAGGGAAAGUGGGAAUUAAUUUUAAGUAAAAUUUAUUCCAACUU